CAAACCCUCUCUAGUCCAUCCUCCGUUCACCAUUCUGCAAUCUCCACUGCUUCGGCCUCUUCGUCGUAUAUUAGUAAUAAUGUGAAAGGAUCAAAGACACAUAUCUUCUCUAUCGGAGAAUCGCCAUUGUUUGCUCGGCGUACUUCGUCGAAUAUGGGCGUUGGAGGGAACUUCUGGGAUCUGCUAAAACCCUACGCGCGCAACGAAGGUUUCGAUUUCCUCCGAAACAAAAGAGUAGCAGUCGACCUCUCCUUCUGGAUUGUUCAACACGAAACCGCCAUUAAGGGGAAUGCAAGAAAUCCCCAUCUCAGACUCACAUUCUUUAGAACCAUCAAUCUCUUCUCCAAGCUUGGAGCAUUUCCAGUCUUUGUGGUCGACGGAGUUCCGUCUCCAUUGAAGUCACGGGCGAGGAUUGAGCGCUUCAUUCGCUCUUCUGGCAUCGAUUUACCGAGCAGACUGAAGGCGGAAGAUGGUGUCUCCGUCGAAAGGAAUCGUUCUUUUACGAAAUGUGUUAGAGAGUGUGUGGAGCUGCUUGAACUCCUAGGGAUGCCAGUGCUAGAAGCAAAAUCUGAAGCUGAAGGACUUUGUGCCCAACUAAAUGAUGAAGGCCAUGUUGAUGCCUGUAUCACAGCUGACAGUGAUGCCUUCCUUUUUGGGGCCAAAUGUGUUGUAAAAUGUCUCCGGCUAAACUCUAAAGAACCUUUUGAAUGCUACAACAUUUCAGAUAUUGAAGCCGGUCUCGGGCUGAAGAGGAAGCAUUUGAUAGCCAUCUCUCUUUUGGUUGGGAAUGACCAUGACUUGAAUGGUGUGCCAGGGAUUGGAGUUGAUACAGCUCUUCGUUUUGUUCAAAUGUUUUCUGAAGAUGAGGUUUUGAAUAGGCUGCAGGAAGUAGGUAAUGGGGAAACAUUAUUGUUUCAGGGCGGUAUUGAAUCUGUGGGUUGUAUACCUAAUUCUGUUGAAAACUCAAUAAAGACAAAAUCCCUUCAUUGUUCCUGCUGUGGACAUCCAGGCACCAAGAGAGGUCAUCUGAAGGUAGCUUGCAAUUAUUGCAGUGUUAAUAGUAAUGAGAAUUGCAUACAGAAGAUGGUUGGCUUCAAAUGUGAAUGCUCUUCCUGUGAUAGUGAUCGGAAAAGUAAGGAACAGAAGAAGCACGAAAAUUGGCAAAUCAAAGUUUGCCAAAAAAUUGCCAUGGAGCAGAGCUUUCCAAAUAAUGAGAUCAUUGAACUGUAUUUAAGCCACAACCACGGGAAUUUGUUUGAAAAUGGUCCUUUGUUGUGGGAAAACCCAAAUAUUGAAACACUAGUUGAUUUCUUAUGUUAUCAUCAGCAGUGGGACCCAUCUUACAUACGGCAAAAGAUGCUCCCAAUGUUGUCCACCAUAUUCUUAAGAGAGAUGGCUUCAAAUCCAACCAGAGAUGCACUGUUAUAUGGACAAUAUGAGUUCAAUUCUAUUCAGCGUGUGAAGGUGAGAUGUGGUCACCCCUUUUAUGUGGUCAAGUGGAAGAAAGCUGCUCAUGAUAUGGGGAGUGCCAUGCAUAUGAUUCCAACCAAACAGGUGGAUUUACAGCAGGGAGAGUCAGAUGUAGUGGCUGAAUCUAGUGAUCUACUGGAUGAGCCUGAUGUCCCUCAGAUUCUUGUCAUCGAUGAAUGCUGGUUUCUGUUGACAGAUGAAAAUAUUGAGCUGGUUCGAGCAGCAUUUCCUAGAAAGGUUGAAGCAUUUUUGAAGGAAAAAGAAAUGAAAGAACUGAAAUCACGAAGAAAGAAGUCUGCUUCGAGUUUUGUUGGAACUCAAAGGUCAGAAUCUCCAAAAUCAAGUGGCAUCCAGCUGAGUAUUACCGAGUUUUACCGUUCAACAAAAUUACCAGAUCAGGCGAAGCAGGCAGGAGAUUCAACUGAGAACUCCGAGAAGCAAUCAGAAGGGAUUUCUAAAGCUAGGAGAAAGGGCUCUAGUCCAAACUUAUCCAAGUCUGUCAGGCGGCGUCUUCUUUUUGAUUAGGGCCAUUGUUGAUUGUUGUUAUCCCUGAAUCCAUUACUUCUGUUUUCACUUAUCUCAAUGUAAUGCGAUGUUUCCCUUUUUUGUUAUUGCGUUUGCCCCCAUGUAUGUUAAAGAUGUAAAUUGUAUCUGUUUUCAGUCUACAAUCAAGUUCUGCUUUGAGCAAAAUCAAGUGAGCAGGGAUGAUUUGUAAUUAAGAGAAAUUGCGAGGGUGGAGGAGGAGAUUGCCACUCUUUGUUUAUAAUAUAUGCCCUUGUUCUUUUUUCUUUUGCUGAAA